AUGGGCAGGAAACCCUCCGCCGCCGCCGCCGCCGUGGCGAUCGACCACGAAUCCCUCGCGGCUACCAUGCCCGCCGACCUCCUGGCCGCGUCCGACUGCGGUGGCAUCCACGGGCAUGCCCUCUUCUUCGACGCCCUCGUGCAGCUCAUCCCGCCGCGCUUUUAUCUCCCGUCCGGCGACGAGGACCGCCCGUGGUACCAGGGCCUGUCCAAGGCCGCCAAGGCGGCCAUGAAGGCCCAGUCCCGCGCCAACGUCAAGGCCGCCCGCCGCGCACGCCUCGACCCCUCCGCGCCGCCCGCCUCCACCCUCGACCUCCUCAAGAAGUCCGUCGCCGGCCAGGCAGCGGAGGAAGAGGAGGAGGAUCAGGAGAAGUCAGAAGAAGAGAGCGAGGAAUCUGGGGAGGAGGCAAGCUCCGAGGAUGAUGGUGAUGAGGAAGACGGGGAUGAAGAGGAUGAGAGGCCGAUUGCGCCAGCGGCAGUGGUGUCUGAGGACCGUUCGGUGACCUAUGAGGAGCUGCGAGAACGCCUUCAACUCCGCAUUGCUGAGCUUCGAGGCAACCGGUGCACCAGGCCUGAGUUCUUGAAUAAGCCCAAGAAGGAGAAGGGGAAGAAGUCAAAGGCGAAUAAUGAAAAGAAGGGGAAAGGUGAGGGCAAGAAGCGUAAGCGUGACGAUGGCACCGAAGAUGUGGAUGGCAAGGAUGGGAAGAUGGUCAAGAAGGGAGCUGAGGAGAAGCCAGAUAUCAUGUAUGCGAAUGUGUUUGUCGACCCAAAGGAAGCAAGGCGCAGGAAGAAGAGGAGGGUUAAGAACAAGAAGAAGGCGCUGGAGCAGGCUAAACGGUUGCAGGAGGCAAAGAAGGAUCCUGAGAAGGCAUGCAAGAUUGCUUGGGAUACAGCCAGAAGACGUGCUGCUGGGGAGAAGGUGCAUGAUGACCCCAAGCUGAUUAAGGAGAGCUUGAAGAAGGAGGAAAAGCGGCAGCAGAAGCAUGCUGCACUGUGGAAGGAGAGGCAGAAGACUGUGGACAAUCAGAGGAAGGAGAAGCAGAAGAAAAGGACUGAGAACAUCCGGGAUCGGGCACACCAGAAGAAGAUGCGCAAGAUUGAGAAGCGCGAGAAAAAACUUAUGCGCCCUGGGUUUGAGGGGCGGAAGGAUGGUUAUGUUAACGAGUAA